CCACACAUGCCCAGCUGCGGUUACCAAGACUCGACAGGACAUAUAUUGAAAGAUCCCGCGCCCACCAUGAACUAUCACAAACCAACAUCACCAACAGCUCGACACACCAUAUCGAGCAUCGGAUCUAACCAUCCAAAAAUCAAACGAGGUACUCUCGUCCGGGAGUGACUUCAUCAACGCCUCUCUGGCUCCACUUGACAUCAACGUCACCACGGCUUCCCGGCUACACUCCAUCUUGAAGAAGUCAAAGACCACAACCAUGCCCUCCAUUUCCCGCCACGCCAUGCCUACCGUCGUCCACUCCAAGCCCGUCCCCUCCAAGAAGGGGCGGGCAGUUGAAUUCAACAAAGAUCCCGUCCAGUCUGUGAUGCGCCCAGUGACCGUCACCGAAAGCUGGGCACUGUACGACUUCGAGAUGCACGCUCACAAGUGCGCAUACUGCCAUGACCCCUAUGAGGUUCACCGCAACCAUGAGAAGCUUUGCGAACUCGGCCACCGUCUCGCUCAAGACGUCGCCUCCUACAUCUACAACAAGGAGGGGAGAAUCUACUCUACCAAGGAGGAGGAGAACAAGAUCGUCCAAGUCGAGAUCCCAUCCGGCUAUGUCGAAGUCAGCAGCCUCUUGAAGGCUAUCGAGCGCAGCUUGCGUCACAGGUCACGCCGACCAUUCGUCUCCAUGGACCGCACCUACCACGUCGCUCCUCGCACAUCCGCUCUGCCCGUACGACAGAAGUCAGUCAAGGUCGAGCACGAUAAGACAAAGACCAAGUCUUCACGACCACGAUCUGGCGAGGUUGUCGACUGGCCCGACAAGGUCGAGAUCAACACUGCCAGCGUGAGGCGUGGUUCUCUGUACGAGGAGGACCAAGCAAAGAAGCGACGCAGCGCAAAGUACAAUGUCGAAGUCCGCGAGCCAUCUGCUCGUGACCUGCGCGAGCACCGUCUCUCUGGCUACUACCGCUGAACGAUCACCUGAACGGAAUGAAUACGCUAUAAUUUAAACCAUGACGCAAGUCUGGUACACAAACACACGCAACUGUUUGCCAUCGCAACGGCGAUCCGCAUAGCAACGGCUCUGCGAAGGUUCCGCGCCAGUCCGCGAUGGUCGCUGCACAUGCACACUGUUUCACGAUUUUGCUUUGCAUUUCGGAAUAGGCUUUGCUGCUAUUUG